GGGCCGGCCCGUCUCGCGCCCGUCGCUCGCGCGCUCCAGCGAAGUCGCAGCCGCAGCCGUCGGGCGCAUGCGACGCGAGCGUCAAUAGGGUUCGCCAGCCUCCUCGGCGUCCGUACGUGCAGAUUCCGGGUCGAGUUCCGCCGACGGUACCAUCCUGAAACCCAAUCCUAAGAUUCGAUUCGCCGUAGUACUGAACCGCAACCGCGGGUGCGAGCCGGCCACGUACGUGUACUCGCUAGUCGCUAUUCGAUUCGCCGUGCCGGUUGAGGCUCAUGGCCAGGAUCAGGACGGAUCGAUCUCUGCGCCGGCGGCCGCAGCCGUCCCGCGGCGACGACCCGAUGAGCGCCCUCCCCGACGACCUUCUGCUCCUCGUCCUGCGCCGUCUCGACACCCGCUCGGCGCUCCGCACCGCGCUGCUGUCCACGCGCUGGGCCCGCCUCCACCGCGAGCUCCUCCUACUCGACUUCCGGGUCGGCAGCAUGCUCCCACCACGCUACCACAGAUUGGUCCUGCUCCGUCACGACAUAAACAUGCACAGAUCUUAUCUUCGGUACAGAAAGUCUGACCUCUCGCCCAAAAUCAAGAGGUACGAGCGCGGUGCCAUGCGCGCCCUGACCCGCUCCGUCGAGACCUUCUUGGACGACGAAGACAUCCGAGGAGCUCGCGGCAGCGUUAGCAUGCUGAGGCUCGAGUUCUUCAUCACCCACAACCCCGGCUGCAUGAACAGGCUAAUCGCCAGGUCCAUCGACGAUUGGGGGGUCAGAGACCUCGAGGCUGUUGCCAAGCCGAUCAACUUCCGGCAAUCCGUGCACACCUUCCCCGGCCACGGCCUCUGCCACGAUCCUCGCGCGUCGUGCCUGCGGAGCCUCAAGCUUGUAGGCUGCGCGCUCCCGCCGCUGCACGAGUUCGGCGCGCUCACCAUGCUUGUCCUCCAAGACAUUAAGGGAUCGACGCCCACGGCAGCCUACGAGGGCGUGCUCACCUUGUGUCCGCAGCUGCAGGUGCUGCAACUCAAGUCCUGCGAAUUCCCCCUGGAGGACACGGACCUGGUUGUGGACGCCCCCAGCUCGCAGAUCAGGGAGCUCGUCUUCAACAAGUGCAGGUUCGGACAGGUGCGGAUGAGGGCUCUUCCGAACCUCGAGAGCCUAGCCUCCCGGGACACCACGCUGCACUUUGAUCAGUCCGCCUUGUUUCCCUGCCUCAGGCAAUGCAACCACACCACUAGGGUCGGUCUCUUCCUCACAUCAGUAGGACAGCCACGCGUAUACAUUGGGCACCAGCUUGAGCUUGGCUCGUUCCUCGGGCGCACGCCCUACAUAACCAACCUCGUCCUACGGUUCACCGGACCAAGACGAUGGAUCGUGCCGCCGUCUGGCUCCUCGUCGCCCUUGUUGCCCCAGUUGAGGAAACUGCUCGUCGCCGACGUGCCUUCCUCCUGGGAUGUCUCGUGGCCAUGUCUCCUCCUCGAGAUGGCACCAUCCCUCGAGACCCUUCACAUCCAUAUCGCCCCUUGCAAUGAGAGGCCCGGGCAUGUGAUACCCUGGGAGCCCACCGAGCUUCGGCGGCAUCACUUGAAGGAGCUUGUGGUGGCUGGUUUUCAGGGAACGAAGAGGCAGAUUUGCUUUGUGAAGUUUGUCGUGGGAGUGUCGACGUCGUUGCGCCGUGUAGCCUUGUUCAGGAAUGGGCGUGCUGAGGACAAGGGGCACUGGGACUGGGAGAUGGUAACGGAGCAGCACUCAUGGACCAACAGGCAGAAGAACGCUACGCAGAAGAAGAUUAUGGAUGGGGUUUCUUUCUCCCGCCCUCCUCCGCAAUUUGUUUUUGGCUGAUACCCUCCUUUUUUUGAAUCAGUCUUCUAUUUCAUUCAACGUAGUAUUUUGUAAUCUUGGCCAAUCCAUUG